GGAAGUGAGGAAAAGCCUCUUUUUUUUUAAUUGAUUAUUCUUAGGGAAGAAAAGGAAGAAUAGGAAUGAGGGCUCUUCCUUUAUCCUCAUCACACAACUGCUACUGUCCAUCUAUUGGGCAGUUAUCCCCAAGCAUCUCCACGUGUAGGGGGGCUGUAAAAACCCCUAACUUUGGAGGAGUAUGGGCCAAAUUAGAGGAGAAGGGAGGAGAGGAAGAAGAGGCAAAGAAGAGCAAGCAGUCCUUAUUUGGAAGCAUAACAGAAGCCCUUGAUUUCUCCCAAGUAAGGUCUGCUGAGGAUGCUCUACUCCUAGAGGAGGCAACAGAGAAAACUAAAUCUGGCGGAAGAAUGUCCAAGGAACAGUAUGGAGCGCUUCGGAGGAAGAUCGGUGGGACCUACAAAGAUUUCUUCAAAUCCUACAUUGAGGUGGACGGACAAUACGUGGAAGAGGGUUGGGUGGACAAGACGUGCAAGGUGUGUGGUAAAGACACCAAGGGCGAGCCCAGGCAAGUGGACAACCUUGGACGAUAUGUACACGUGGAAUGCCAGGAGCGGUCGAAAUCCGGCAAUUUCUUUACAAGGCUCUUCUCAAGAUGAGUGGUCCAAGGACAAAGAA